CUUCACUCUGUGGGGUGUGGAGACAAAUGGCUGUGUGUGUUUUUGCUUUCCAUAUCUCAGGAGAUCAAUGUAUCUGAGGUUCUGUUUAUCUUACAGGAUAAUUUUAAAAAGCCAACUUCCUCAUACCUUGGCUUAAUAAUUACCAUUUGAUAAUGAGCGACUGCCUUUACUGAUCUCUCCUCAUUGCUCCUGAAAAUAACAAGGUAAAUUUGGAGGUAAAGUAAAAGACUCUAACAGUAAACAUACAGUACUCCUGAGGGAUUUGACUGAAUCAAGAUGCUGCUGAUCAUUGAAGCUCUUCUUCUCAUUUCAUCUGCUCUAGGACAGGAUCACAGAGAUGCUGUUGAAGGACAGAUAUAUCCACUGGAUAUGGCACUGAAUUCUGUUGAUGAUCAAUAUGACGGUUGUACAAAAGACAUGGCGAAUCUGGUGAAAACUAAAUAUCUAGAGAAGGAACUGUCUUACUCGCCUGAAUAUCAAAAAGUUUGGAAAUUGGGUGAAAAGAAUGCCACGGCUCCAGGAGACAACUUGACGAAGAAUCAUUCAGUCGCCAUUUAUGUGUACACUAACUCAGCUUUUAAAGUAUACGCUGAUCUUAAUAAUGCUGUUCACAAUGGUAAACAAAACUACACAGACAAGACCUUCAUGUGGCAUUCACUUCACUUUCUGUUAACAGACGCGAUACAGAUUCUGAAUAAAACACAAAACAGAUGCUAUUCCACCUAUCGAGGAACGAAUGUCCAAUUUAAUAGAGAUGUUCUGAACUCAGCGAUUCGUUUCGGCUCAUUUGCAUCCUCUUCUCUUGAUCGAACAAUAGCAGAAGGUUAUGGAAAUGUUUCUUGUUUUGAAAUCAAAACUUGUGAAGGUGCGAAUCUCACACAUUACUCAAAGUUUCCUGAGGAGGAAGAGGUGCUGAUUCCUCCAUAUGAGACGUUUAAUGUCACUGCCGUCAAGAGAAGAGAAAAUCUCAGUGAUCUCUGGUGUGAGACUGUGUUUGUGUUGAACAGCACUGGAACAAGAAGUGAUCUGAACUGUGCAGUAUGUGACGGUGGAAACCGGGUUGCUUUUGUUAAUGUUUUACUAACAUUAACUUUACUGUGCAAAGUGCUAACCGGUUAACUUGCAUGCAUAUAGCUACUGCAUGUAUCUCAUUGUUAUUAAACAAUUAUUGUUUUUGAAAUGCAUGUAAUACACCAAGUGAUCUUGUUAUAUAAACGUAUAUUUUUUGUGAAAUGUUGCAACAUGCUCUAACAUGUAAUAUGACUAUAUGACAGCUUAACUUUUGACUUGAUUCUGAUCUAAUAAUAAAGAACAAACUAAAAUAUUGUAUCAAUAAAAGCUAUUUAUUAAUUAAAAUAUGUA